UUCCUGUUCUAUCUCGGUUUCUUUAAAUACCUUGGUAAGAAGUCUGCAAGUGCUCCACUUCCAACUCGCCACGAUGCUCUCUCUGACCCCAGUCCUGGUAGCAGUCAUCUGCAUUUUGGUGGUGUGGAUCUUUAAAAACGCUGACAGCAGUAGAGAGAGAAGGAAGGGGGAGACUGGAACCUGGGAUCAGGCCCAGCCCGGGGUGGAUGAAGACUUAAAAGACAGCUCAGAUCUCCACCACGAGGAAGAAGAUGCUGAUGAAUGGCAAGAGUCAGAAGAAAACAUUGAACAUAUCCCAUUCUCCCACACCCGGUACUCUGAGAAAGAAAUGGCUAAGAGAUCCCAGGAAUUUUAUGAACUUCUCGAUAAGAGGCGAUCUGUCAGGUUCAUAAGUGAUGAGCAAGUCCCAAUGGAAGUCAUCGACAAUGUCAUCAAGGCAGCAGGAACAGCCCCAAGUGGAGCCCAUACAGAGCCAUGGACCUUUGUGGUUGUGAAGGACCCAGACAUGAAGCAUAAGAUUCGGGAGAUCAUCGAGGAAGAAGAGGAAAUCAACUACACGAAAAGAAUGGGGCACAGAUGGGUCACAGACCUGAAGAAAUUGAGAACCAACUGGAUUAAAGAGUACUUGGACACAGCCCCUGUUUUGAUUCUCAUUUUCAAACAAGUGCAUGGUUUUGCUGCAAAUGGCAAGAAAAGGGUCCACUACUACAACGAGAUCAGCGUUUCCAUUGCUUGUGGCAUCCUCCUGGCCGCGCUGCAGUACGCAGGCCUGGUUACUGUCACCACAACCCCUCUCAACUGCGGCCCUCGACUGAGGGUGCUCCUGGGUCGCCCCACAAAUGAAAAGCUGCUGAUGCUGCUCCCCGUGGGGUACGCCAGCCAAGAGGCCACUGUGCCCGACCUAAAGCGGAAACCUCUGGAUCAGAUCUUGGUGACCGUGUAGACGCGAGACCGUGAAAGGAGCCGCUCGGUGACGCCGUCCUGACCUCUCUCCUGGGCUCACUGGGUCCUCUCAGAUUUAUUGCUGCUUUUCCUGUAGAUGUUGAAUCUUCUCAGCACUCCAGCCCACGGGGGCGGCCACUCCCUCUGGCAUAGGGGGUCCCGUCAGGUUCAGGUCUGUUUCUGAUAGUGUGAUUAGGAUGCACACAGUAAGACAGCAGCGUGCAGUACUCAUCAACGUCUUGUCCACUCUGGAAAUACAUUCAGGUUUGACUAAGAACAUGCCCCAGAUUUUAGGCUUUAAAAAUUUUUUCCAGAAAAUCACUGGCGCUUUUUAUCGUUUGCUUUUAUACACAAUGGAAAGAGUCAACAGGUAAUUUGAUGUAACCCCAAGAACUUAGCCACGUGAGGAUUCUUGAAUUUAAAUUUAGACUAAUCAAAUGGCCUUCCACCCUCUGAUUUCUGGUGGCUUUUUAACAAAGGAUUGACUUUUGAGAUACAUUCUUUUACUGAUCUUGGAUAGUCUGUCAGUUUUUUUCACCCCUCCAAAGACUCAGAAACUGUACUUUAUGGUAAUAUUCAGAAACUCGUUCACAAAACUGGAAGAUUCUUGGGGUGUCAAUUAAUUAAACUACACAAACUAAAUUCACAUGAGACUGAUGUAUAACCUACAACAUUUCUAACAGGUGUAGCAUUUCAAAGACAGUUUUGCAAUUUCUGAUCUCUUAUCUAAAAAAUGUCUGUGCCCAACAAAAUUCUGAACUGAUCAUCAGUCUGAAAAAUGGAUAAGUAGCAGUUAUCAGAAAAGAGAUGUGUAUUUGAUGUUCUCCUUUUUCAAAUGCUUUCUAUUCAAUUUACUACAUGUAUAGCACAGUUUUCCAACUUGAGUUAUGAGUAUUUUUACCAAAACUAAGCUAUUAAAAUUUGGAACAAGAUUCAUUUGUACCUGUCAGUUUCAGAAAUUCAAAAAUGGAUUUUUUACUACCCAUAAUUAAAUUUUUUUAA